AUGGCAGAACUUCGAUCAGCGGUUUACGUCGCCCCUCCAACCCUAGCAAUCCGACCGCCACCCGUUUCGGCUAGAGGAAACUGGUCUCCGAUCUCUUGCACUUUGAUAUAUUCAAACAAAGAGGCUGUACUCGUCGACACACCUAUUACUAUCAAGCAGACGGAAGAUCUCAUCCGCUGGAUCGAAAAGAUUGCCCCAAACCGCAAACUUUCCUAUAUAUACAUCACUCAUGGCCAUGGAGAUCACUUUUUUGGAAUUCCUCUUCUGCUAAGUAGCUUCCCCGAAGCAGUUCCAGUUGCCACUCCUGGAACUGUGAAGCACAUGCAGCAACAGAUCGAGGAGCCAUACUUCACCGAAACUUGGGGUUGUCGAUUCCCCGGCCAGAUUUUCCAGCCAUUCAAACUUGCGAAGCCACUGUUUAAUGGUCCCAACCCUGUCUUUAAGCUCGAGAACCGAUGGGAAUUACAGGCUAUUGAGUGUGGUCAUUCUGAUACACAUGACUCAACAGUCCUCUGGGUGCCAGACCUCAAAUUAGCCGUUUGUGGAGAUGUUGUGUAUGGACAAGUACACCAGAUGCUCUUCGAAGCAAACACAAAAGCGAAGCGAGAGGAGUGGAUUCGGGCUAUCGAGACGGUAGAGGCCCUGAAACCUGUAUAUGUGGUUCCUGGGCACAGACAGGCAGAGGAGAUUGAUGGCAUAUGGCAUUUAGCAGCAACCAAGAAGUACAUUGAAGACUUUGGUCGCGUGCUGGAGCGGGGCCCUGAGAAUGCGACGAAAAUUGUCGACGAUAUGAUGGAGCUCUAUCCAGAUCGCUAUAACCCAAAUGCUCUAAAGCUCAGUGCUGCUGGCGCAUUUUUGGUUUCGAAGGAGUCUAGAAUUUGA